CUGUCAUUCCAAUAUAUUCACCUCUUAUAUUUCUCUGUCACAGGUGGAGGAGGAAAGCGAAAAGGAAGGAGCAAAAAAUGGAAGGAGAUCCUCCGCUUUCCCCAUAUUAGCCAAUGUACUGAACUGGGAAAAAUUAUGGAGAGGGACUAUGUUAGCAUUUGUGAGAAACAGCCGAUUGGAAGGCUUCUUUUCCGUCUGUACUGUGAGACCAGAUCCAACCUGCAACGAUGCAUCCAGCUACUAGACGCAAUGGAAGACUAUGAAGUGACGCCUGAUGAAAAAAGAAAAAGCAGAGGGGACCAGAUCAUCAAGACUUUUCUCUCAAAACAAUCACCUCAGAAAGUGGACAUAGCAGAGGUUUUCGCAGAGCAAUGCAGAGAGAACCUCGAGCUCAGUCCAUGUAAGGAGAUCUUCAGCAACUGCCGCAAGGCUCUCCAUGACUACCUGAGCGAGGCUCCAUUUGCUGACUACCAGAACAGCAUGUACUUCGACCGCUUCCUGCAGUGGAAGAUGCUGGAGAGGCAACCCAUCACAAAAGACACUUUCAGACAGUACAGGGUGCUGGGGAAAGGAGGAUUCGGAGAGGUGUGUGCCUGUCAGGUCAGAGCAACAGGGAAGAUGUACGCCUGUAAGAAGCUGGAAAAGAAACGGAUCAAGAAGAGAAAAGGGGAGUCCAUGGCUCUCAACGAGAAGCAGAUUUUAGAGAAAGUCAACAGUAGAUUUGUUGUCAGCUUAGCGUAUGCGUAUGAGACCAAAGACGCUCUGUGUCUGGUGCUGACCAUCAUGAAUGGCGGGGAUCUGAAAUUCCACAUCUAUAACAUGGGCACACCAGGCUUUGAUAAAGACAGGGUCCAGUUUUAUGCUGCUCAGAUCUGCUGCGGGCUUGACCAUUUGCACAAGGAAUCCAUUGUUUACAGGGAUCUGAAACCAGAGAACAUCCUUUUAGAUGACAAUGGACACAUUCGUAUUUCCGACCUGGGCCUGGCCAUCAAAGUGCCUGAUGGAGACCUCAUUAGAGGCAGAGUUGGAACAGUGGGCUACAUGGCUCCAGAGGUAAUCAACAACGAAAAGUAUGCCAUGAGUCCUGAUUGGUGGGGACUGGGCUGUCUCGUCUAUGAAAUGACCGCUGGUCGAUCACCCUUCCGCGCCCGCAAAGAACGAGUCAAGAGGGAGGAAGUGGAGAGGAGGGUGCAAGAGGAAGAGGAGGAGUAUAACGACAAGUUUACAGGGGAUGCCAAGGCGAUCUGUAGAAUGCUGCUCACCAAAGACCCCAAGCAGAGGCUGGGAUGCAAGGCGGAUGGAGCAGUGGGUGUCAAAGCCCAUACAUUCUUCAAAAAGAUCAACUUCAAGAGGAUGGAAGCUGGAAUAGUGGAGCCUCCCUUUGUGCCUGAUCCUCGGGCAGUGUACUGUAAGGAUGUUUUGGACAUAGAGCAGUUCUCCACAGUCAAGGGAGUGAAUUUGGACCAAACUGACAACGACUUCUACUCCAAAUUUGCUACAGGCUGUGUUUCCAUCCCAUGGCAGAAUGAGAUGAUAGAAACUGAAUGUUUCAGAGAUUUGAAUGUGUUUGGGCCUCAAGGGACGAGACCUCCAGAUCUGGACUGGAAUCAGCCGCCAGAGCCACCCAGACGCAGCCUGCUGGACAGGAUCUUCAGAAGACACCAUCCAGAGGUGUCCAUUUCCAACAGCCGUGUGCAGUCUUCCAGUGUAAAUUCUGUGGACUCCAUGUCCAACUCUGCCCCCUAGCGGCGUGUUGGCUGUGUGGGAGCCACACACAAAAGCAAAGGGACAGAGCUCAGAGUGGCUUCCCUGCUGCUGUUUGGUCUACAGAUGGGACCUGAGCAGCAGCUGGAGACAGCCUGUCUAAAAGCCUAAAUGGUCAACCCAUGGGGAGGGAGGGGGGGUUAGUGACCGGGUCCUUAUACCCUGGGCAUUUGUAGUUGGAUGGUCAAUGUUGCAGAGACGUUUGGGAAUAUUUGGACAAACCUUACUUACCCUCAGGAUUGUUGGACUAUAGAACAGAGCCACUGAUGCUGAUGAAAACAAAAAAGGAUAGAAUAAAACUUAUAUUCAGGGGAUCCACUGUAUAAUAAAGACCACCACAGGGAAUUGAAGUAGGGGGGUCUUGGUGAAUAUUUUGUUUCUCCAGGAAAGGAGCUUGUUUUUCAGUCAUUUUUAACCCUGUUCUUUCUGGCCUGUUUCUUGUACCAGUAUCUCUCUUAUCUGUCUACAUCCCCUACGAGUCAUCAUCUGCACAACUCAUUCUCUUAACUUAGUCUGUCUCUGUAUUUCGCCUCCAGUACCUCAGAUCACUCCUGAACAUUCAGAACACAUCACCUCAACAACCUCAACACAUAAUGUACAUUGCCUUGCGUACACUCAGGCCAAAGAUUUCAGUUUGAGUUUUGUGAUACUGUUGUCGCGUUGAAUUAUUGAAGGUUUUUAGCUGUCACGUAGAACAACAGGAAGAUCAGAAUGUGCGUUCCCUUUUAUACACUUUCCCUAGAUAUGAGCCCGCAGACAUAUCAUAUUGCUUAAAGCACACAAACAUACAGUACAUACACAAUCAGAUAGACACACAGACACUCAUAAUUGUGAGAAUUGUGUUGUCUUUUCAUUGCAUGGACAAGUGUAAGUAGUAAGUAUGGACAGCUGUAUCUUUUGCUUCUGCAUACCUCAUUCCACUGAUGUUACCAUCUGAUACACACACCCGUCGGUUUACAGUGUCACUUUAUAUUUGACAUUAUGUGGAGGUUUGUUUGUUUGUUUUUUAAAGCUAGUUAAUGUGCUGUACAGAAACAGAAUUUUUUCUCUUUUCUUUGGAUUUGUUUUGCCUUUUUUCCUCGGUUUCUGUCACAGUCCCCGUGGAGUGGAGAGGAACACAUGCACUCAGCCUGACUUACAAGUUGCACAAUUUAAAAUAAUGUCAUGCUGUUUUGUUACCAAAUGAAAAUGUUUUACCUCUAAUCAUUAAGGCACAUUAUUGUAUUGAUAUUGUCAAAUGUUUCUUUUCUACAUCCCAAACUAAAGUGUUCUUCUUGUUCUCCCAAUGCCUUUUCCAUGUUAAGAUAUUGCUGCAUAGCCAUUGUUGGUUGGUUUUGCUUUUUUCCCUCUAUUUCUGACAUUUAUACUUAUCUUUAGUGUCCUCUUCAAAAUGCCUCACAAAUCUAAAGGGUCUUCCUCUAGUUUUUUUUACCCAUCUGUUAUUGAAGACACAGGCAAUCCAGAGCUAUGUGAAUGGUUUACUUUAUCUGAAUCUUCUUUAAUCAGUCCAGCUCCUCAUUGUCAGAUGAGGAAGAUGGGGAAGAGGAGAGGAAGAUGCAACAGGAUCUCCACACUAAGAAGUGGCCUUCACAAAGGGGCGCAGCCAGUGAAAUGAGGAAGAAUUCAGUCUCUUAUGCUUGUUUUAAGAAUGUUUUUUCCCCCUGUUUGAGGUAGUAAACGCUGUUUCAUGCAGUAAUUUUUAUUGUUACCAAUGUCACACAGGCCUAUUUGUUUUUCUUUCUCUCUUUAUGUACUUGAUAUGGGGGGGGGAUAAUCUGAAUCAUACUGAAGUGCCUCCUUGUUAGCAUGAUCUCCUAGACAAUGCCCACACAGACAUCAGCACUUUGCCUAUUCUCUGACUUUCAUGCUCUGUUUGCUUUGCUGGGGAACACAAAUACACGCAGACUCAGUUUGUUGUAAGUGGAUGGAAGGAGGGAUAAAGGAUGGAGUGCAGGGAGUCCAUGAGGGAAUUCACCCUCUUAAUGUGAUGUACAGCAGAGUGCUGAGUGCAUGUGAAAGCCAAACCCACUGUGUCAUUCAAGUCCCAAUAAACUCUGUACUAUAGUUUGAAUACUC